AUGUAUGGAACUGCAUUAUUCAUCACAAUUUUCCUCGUUUUCCACACCCGAUUUUCUCAUUCCGUGAGUUUCCAACUUCCGAGGUUCGACUCGGACGUGAACCUCGUACUCCUCGAGGGCGACGCCGUCAAUUCCGUCGGCAAAAUUGAGUUCACCAACAUCAACUACCUCUACCGCGUGGGCCGCGUCAUCUACAACGGAAAGGUACCUCUUUGGGACUCCCAAAAACUCGCAGACUUCACCACUCAUUUCUCCUUCACCGUCGACACCGAAAACAGAGCAUCCUACGGCAACGGGCUCGCGUUUUUCCUCGCCCCCGUCGGCUUCCAAAUCCCGCCAAAUUCCGCCGGCGGCUACUUGGGCCUUUUCAACACCACCACCACCUCCACCAGCUCCAGUCGGGCACAAAUCGUCUCUGUGGAAUUCGACACACACUCGAAUGAAGGGUGGGACCCGAAAUACGAGCACGUGGGAAUCAAUAUAAACUCGAUAACUUCUUCGGCAACAUCCCCGUGGAAUGUCUCCUUGCACAAUGGCGAUCUAGCCGAUGCCUGGAUUCGGUACGACUCCACUACUAGAAAUUUGAGUGUCUUAUGGGGUUACGGGGGUGGGCCGAAUUCAAGCCUAUCGUACCGGAUAGACCUGAAAGAGGUUCUUCCUCAGUGGGUCACCAUCGGUAUCUUCGCUUCUACGGGGACUUUUGUUGAACGGCACACGCUUGCAUCAUGGGACUUCACGAGUUCGAGUCUAGAUAUAGACGAAACCGACGUGAAUAAUCGUAGUUCGAAAAAGAACAUUGGAUUGAUUGUGGGCGUAGCCCUAUCAGGGUGCAUUUUGAUUGCAGGGGGAGUGUUAGCCUAUGUCGUCGUCUCGAGGAAAAAACAGGAUCAGAGAAUCAAUCCAGAUGAAACUAGAUCGGCGACGACAUCGAUGAUGGUGAACGAUGAUGAUCUUGAAAGAGGAGUGGGGCCGAGAAAGUUUGCUUACAAAGACCUCGCUUCGGCCACCGAUAAUUUCUCGGACAAGAAAAAGUUGGGGGAGGGUGGAUUCGGAGGGGUGUACAAGGGACACCUCAUUGACCUCAAUAUUCCGAUCGCCGUGAAGAAAUUCUCAGGGCGAUCCAAACACGGGAAAAAGCAAUACGUAACGGAGGUGAAGAUCAUAAGCAUGCUGAGGCACAGAAACUUGGUGCGACUAAUCGGGUGGAGCCACGACCAGGGCGAGUUCUUGCUCGUGUACGAGUUCAUGCCCAACGGUAGCCUCGAUCAUCACCUUUUUCGGAGAGAGAACAUUCUUUCUUGGACCCAAAGGUACAAAAUUGCACUCGGUUUGGCCUCCGCUCUGCUCUAUCUCCACGAGGAGUGGGAGCAGUGCGUGGUGCAUAGAGAUAUCAAAUCGAGCAACAUAAUGCUCGAUUCGAGCUUUAAUGUCAAGCUAGGUGACUUUGGGCUUGCUCGGCUCAUGGACCAUGGGCUCGACCCACAGACCACCGGCCUAGCUGGAACUUUCGGAUAUAUGGCCCCUGAAUAUGUGAACAGUGGCAGAGCCAGCAAAGAGUCAGAUGUGUACAGUUUUGGGGUCGUGGCCCUUGAGAUUGCCACCGGAAAAAAAUCGUUCGAUCCAUUGAAUGUGGAGUCAAAUAAAAGUUUGGUGGGGUGGGUUUGGGAUUUAUAUGGGAACGGGGAGCUUCUUUCUGGGGUGGACGAGAGCGUCCUAUCGAAUCUUGUGACAGGACAAGCCGAGCGUUUGAUGAUAGUCGGGUUGUGGUGUGCUCACCCUGACUACACUCUGAGGCCGUCGAUCAGGCAAGCUAGCCGUGUUCUCAAUUUCGAAGCAGAUUUGCCCAAACUCGAGACUAAAAUGCCAGUGCCUGUGUUUAAUGCACCUGAAAGCCCAUCGGUUAGCUCCCGUUCCGAGCCUUUCUCGAUUACUACAUCGAGUAUGAAUGUGGGUCGAUAA